GCAGCACAUCGAAAACCCCGUUAGUCCUUGAUAAAAGAACAUUUGUUGAGGCAGACGACAUGUUGAAAAUGUUUGUAAAGGAAGGCUGGAAGGACCAAAGUCGAGAUAUAUUACAGGCAACGUUUCGUCUGGCUGGAAAAGGGCAGUUGGUGGCGAAAUACGAUGGUGUUGUCGUAGGCUUCGUUACGCUUUACAAUUUUAGCGAAACAAACAGCUUUCUAAACUACCUGAUCGUUAAACCGGAGCAUAGACAUAAAGGCUUUGGGAGCGCAAUGUUAAGGAAGGCACACCAAUUAGCAGAGGCCAGAACAAUAAGUUUCAUUGCCACUCUUCCAGCAGUGCCACUGUACGAAAGACAUGGGUACGUAAAAGGGAAGUUCGGUUUUGCAUCUUACAGUAUGAUUAUGAAACAUAUCCCAGUCUCUCCAGGCGCUGGGUCAAAGUACGAAAUAAAAGCUAGCCGUGAUGUUGACUGGAAUCAGCUGGUGAACUACGAUACUUCUUACCAUGUUUUGUCAAGGGAACAUGUAUUAAAGACUUUCUGCAGUAUAAAGGGUUCAACCACAAAGGUCAUACUAGAGAGGGGCAAAAUUGUAGGCUAUGGGACAAUCCGACCAGUUCUAGCAGGAUAUCUUAUAGCUCCCCUCUAUGCAGAUAAUACAGAGGCCUGCAUGGAGCUCCUAAGAAGCCUUGUUGGUGUCGCCCCAUCUAAUUCACCCGUUGUUCUGGUGAUCCCGAAUGUCAGUCAGGCCGGUAAGAUUCUUUUGGACGCUAACAAAAAUGACGUUAGGGUUUUAUGGGAGGGAGUCAAUAUGAGCAGCAAAGACACUCCCGAUAUACCAAAAAUGAACAAUGUCUUGGCAAUACUGAGCCCUGCCAUUUGUUUUCUGUAAACUAAGCACCUGGGCCAUUGUGUUUUGAUUAUGAUCAUGCAAGUGGCACCUUUCAAGCACGCUCGUAUUCAGGGUUUCUGGACAAUUUGCUUUAAUUUUCCGGUCCCAAUACCAUACUCUGACCCUGUUAUCUGUUGCUUCACCAAUUUGCAGUUAUAUAAUAAUUCAGAAUCAAAUGUGGUUUAACAAUGAGCAUGAUAAUGUCAAUAAAGCAUAGCCAUAUAGUAAUGAGAACACUUAUACACGUGAC